AAAAAAAGAUGUAUUUACAAGGUUUGCGAACACCACCUAUGUGACUAGGAUGUUCAUUAAACAAACAAUACUCUGCAGAAAAGUAUAAAAGAACUGCUCUCUAUGCACACAUGCAGAUCAUAGCUGCUUCCAGGGUGUUUGAAAACUACAAGGAUGAUUUCUCCAGGUGUGGUCUUUGUCUUAUUGGCUGUUCUGGGACAGACAAGUGGCUUUUCUGUAUCCUUGGUCAAAUCAUGUAAUACUUUGGUGGAGGUCACUGAUCAGCGUUCAGAUACAAAUAUUGCUAAAGGUGGGAAAGCGACUCAGUCCUCGCUGUUUGAGAAUGCUGUCCCUGAAAGGGCCGUUGAUGGAAAUCGUGCUAGCAACUGGCCAGAGGGUUCCUGUACACACACACAAAAGGAUCAAAAUCCAUGGUGGAGUCUGGACCUCCUGAAAACGUAUAAGAUCAACACUGUCACAAUCACCAACAGAAAAGAUUGUUGCCCCGAAAGGCUCAAUGGUGCUGAGAUCCGCAUCGGAAAUUCCAUCAUCGACAACCGCAAUGCUAAUCCCAGAUGUGCAGUGAUCUCAUCUAUCGCUGCUGGGGCCUCACAAACCUUUGUUUGUAAUGGAAUGGAAGGCCGUUAUGUAAACAUUGUGAUUCCUGGAAGACAAGAAUACCUGACACUGUGUGAGGUGGAGGUCACUGGUCAGCCUUAGUAUGCAGUUUACUUUAAAGCCUAUUAAUUCAAACUUUCUGCUUCUUUUCCUUCAAUAAAGUGUGCUUACUUGUCAA